AUCUCAAUUUGUCAAUGUCAUCGCUGUGUAAUGGUUAUGUUCAUAGAAAAUUUCUUAUUGUUAUUAUCAAAGUAUUUUCUUUUCAAAUAAUAUGUAUAUUACUUCUUUUACAAAUCAAUUAAUUCUAAAUAUAAAAAGAUUUAUUAACGUACCUAGAAGGUCUAUUUCCAAAGAAAACUCGGAACAUGCAUCUCAUGAAUUUGAUUCUGUAUAUAAAUUCCCAAGUAUAAAAUACAUUGCAAUUUUAAAUAGACUUAAAGUGUAUCAUUUAAUUGGGACAUCUAUAGCAGUUCCUAGUUGCGGUCUAUUAGAAAUGUUGAGUGUAAUACCAGAAAACGCUUUUCUAGCAACUUCAUAUAUCGGGGUGACUGGAGGAUUGGCACUUUUAAUACCUAGUAUUUUAUUCCAUAAUUCUAUAGGAUUUUUAUAUAUUAGUAAAGACAAUAAACACAUCAAAAUAUCUUCUGUGGAUUUUUGGGGAAGAAGAAAAGAUAAAUGUGUUUCUGUAAAUGAUUGGAUACCAUUACUAGAUAUGCCUUCAAGAACAAUAGACAGUAUUUACUUAUCACCACAACUUACAGAUGGUACUAAAUAUAAACUUUUCAUUAAGUUUGGUACAGUUUUAAAUCCUCAAAAAAUUGGAGAAGUUCUUGAAUAGUUUUAUAUAUUUGAAAAUAUUUUAAGAAUGUUACUGUUAAAUAAUAAUAAAUAGAAAAUUUAUUAUA